UGCGGGGGACUGCAGUGCAGUUUUUCUCCAAUUACUGGCAGGCUUUUUAGGCGACCAACCAAACCCGCCAAUGAUUUGAGGUUUAUUUCAGAGCAGGCGGGACUUCCGGUAACUGGUAUAAACCAACUGCGGCCUCCCAUGCGGUUUUGAUCCGGUGCACUUGCAGUUAAGAUCGUAAAGACGAACACAGAAACAAUGGCAGAGAACGACGUUGAACAUGAGCUGCUCGACUACGAAGACGAUGACGAGCCUCAGGGAGCCCCCGAGAGUGCCACCCCGGUCGGCAAGAAGGAGGUGAAGGGCUCUUACGUAUCCAUCCACAGCUCCGGUUUCAGGGAUUUUCUCCUCAAGCCCGAGUUGCUCCGCGCCAUCAUCGACUGUGGUUUUGAGCAUCCGUCUGAAGGAUGCGUCACCACCUUCGAUCAGGAAGAUGCAGGUUGGCAGAGGAGCAGUCGAGUCCAGCAUGAAUGCAUCCCGCAAGCAAUCCUUGGCAUGGACAUCCUGUGCCAAGCCAAAUCCGGUAUGGGCAAGACGGCCGUGUUUGUGUUGGCCACGCUGCAACAGAUCGAACCCGUUGAUGGGCAGGUGUCCGUCUUAGUCAUGUGCCACACGCGCGAGCUGGCCUUCCAGAUCAGCAAGGAGUACGAGCGCUUCUCCAAGUACAUGCCCACCGUGAAGGCGGCGGUGUUCUUCGGGGGCCUGGCCAUCAAGAAGGACGAGGACGUGCUGAAGAAGAACUGCCCCCACAUCGUGGUGGGCACGCCGGGCCGGAUCCUGGCGCUGAUCCGCAACAAGACCCUCAGCCUGAAGAACGUCAAGCACUUCGUCCUGGACGAGUGCGACAAGAUGCUGGAACAGCUGGACAUGCGGCGCGACGUCCAGGACAUCUUCCGGAUCACGCCCCACGAGAAGCAGGUGAUGAUGUUCAGCGCCACGCUGAGCAAGGAGAUCCGGCCGGUCUGCCGCAAGUUCAUGCAGGACGUAAGCGAGCCGAGAAGGCCGGGGGGAGGGGUCACUCUGUCCGGGCGGUCGGUAACGCUCUACGUUUCGGAUCUACAGCCCAUGGAGGUGUUCGUGGACGACGAGACCAAGCUCACCCUGCACGGCCUGCAACAGUACUACUGCAAGUUGAAGGACAGCGAGAAGAACCGCAAGCUCUUCGACCUCCUGGACGUGCUGGAGUUCAACCAGGUGAGCGGGCGUUCGGCCCAAAGCGUCCGGCCGUGCGCGGGCCAAUCCCGGCGGUUCCCCCCCCGUAACGCUGCUUUCCGCCUCCAGGUGGUGAUCUUCGUCAAGUCGGUCCAGCGCUGCAUCGCCCUGUCCCAGCUCCUGGUGGAGCAGAACUUCCCGGCCAUCGCCAUCCACCGGGGAAUGGCUCAGGAGGAGAGGCUGUCUCGCUACCAGCAGUUCAAAGACUUCCAGAGGCGGAUCCUGGUGGCCACUAACCUCUUUGGCCGAGGGAUGGACAUCGAGCGGGUCAACAUCGUCUUCAACUACGACAUGCCUGAAGAUUCCGACACCUAUUUGCACAGGGUGGCCCGUGCUGGCAGGUUCGGGACCAAAGGCCUGGCCAUAACGUUCGUGUCCGACGAGACCGACGCCAAGAUUCUGAACGACGUGCAGGACCGCUUCGAGGUCAACGUGGCCGAGCUGCCCGACGAGAUCGACAUCUCGUCCUACAUCGAACAGUCCAGAUGAGUCCUCCAACCAACCAGACGUCCCGUCGUCAUGGAUCUCGUCCUGUAUUUGGAACUAGACCUACUUCAACCGUUGAUUUGAAAGCUCUGCACGUUUUGUUCACCAAACCUUUAUUUUUAUUGUCAGUUUUUGUGGAAUGGGGGGGGUGGGGUAUGGUUUUAAUUUGUCCCUUUUUUCUUUUGCUUCAUUAAAACUUUUUAUAAAAUGCCAUUUUAUCAUUGUGGUCUCUCAUAAGACGGUUGUUUUCAUUUGUCACUGUUGAGCUUCAGGGAAACAUUCAGAGUACGUAGAUGUAAGGAACAUCUUGCAGUUUUUUUUUUCUUUGUUUUUUUUUUUUUU